UUGGUCACAUAUAGCAUUGUUUUUCCGCUAUUACACACUGUUUUUUUUAACUUUUGGUAUUUUAGCGAGCUCACCGCCCUUCCCGCUAAUCGUUAUUGUUUCGAGUGCGGUCAGCGCGGCCCGACUUAUGUGAAUAUCACGCAUGGAUCAUUUUGCUGUACCAGCUGUUCUGGAAUUUUAAGAGGAUUAAAUCCACCACAUCGUGUUAAAUCAAUCUGCAUGGCAUCCUUCACGGCUGAAGAGAUUGAACGACUCCGCAGCCUUGGAAAUGAAGAGAAUUCGCACACUUGGUUAGGACUAUACUCCGGUGCACCACCAAAAAUGACAAACAAGGAUGAGAUUACAUCAUUUCUUGUCAAAAAGUAUGAGAAAAAGGAGUGGUACGUGUCGCGGUCGGAACUUGAGGAACAAGAGCGCCUUUUAAAUCAAGCCAAAGAAGUUUCUAGUCAAUGCGGAACUAGUGUGCAAAGUGCGGGAAGCUCAUCGUCAAAGGUAAUUAUGUCUCUUACUUAA